AUGACCGAACAAACCGCCCUGUGAACAAUCUCUUAUCUCGUUCGUAAAGGUGUUAUAUGUGGUUUGUCGAUGGUUUGUACAAGUAGUUAACAAAUAAACAAUAUGUCGGCAAUGGAGGGUUCUCUCAGCAAGUGGACGAAUGUAGUAAACGGGUGGCAAUACCGAUGGUUUGUGCUAGACGACAAUGCUGGUCUUUUGUCUUACUACACGAGUAAAGAGAAAAUGAUGCGGGGAGCAAGGCGAGGUUGUGUGCGAUUAAGGGGUGCUGUUAUUGGGAUUGACGAUGAAGAUGAUAGUACAUUUACAAUUACUACAUCAUCUUAUAAAGAUGAUCCCAAAACUUUUCAUUUCCAAACUCGUAACGGUGAAGAACGUGAACGUUGGGUGCGAGCUUUAGAGGACACCAUAUUACGUCACUCCCAUGCGAGAUGGGACCCAAAGAAAUCUCCACCAAAACAAGACUUUGAUCGUAAAGUAGCAGAAGCGGAUGUCUAUCUUCAACUUUUGAUUGAUCAGAUAAAAGUAAUUGAAUGUAAACAAAAUGCUACAACUGAAGGAGACAAUGAGAAACAACAGAGAUAUACAACGAUUUUGACACAAGCCAAUGCAAUGCUUAAUUCCGUUAAGCAUACCAUUGUUCAACUGCAAAUUGCGAAGAACACAGCGAUUCCAGUCAAUGGAAUUUAUAAAGGACCUACAGAACCUGUCCAUGUCUCACCAGUUAUAACACACUUUGCAGCUGACGAAUCUGAUCCUGCUGUGCAAACUGGAAUUGAAUUAGCAUCGGAGUGCAUCGAGCCAAGAGUCCCAAGUUUACCAAAUGACAGAAAUCUUCCAGUUCCCGAGUUCUCCUAUUCCUCAUCGGACGAGGAUGAGGAUUUUUAUGACGCGGCGGAUGAAAUUUCGCCCGCUUCCGCGUCACAAAACUAUUUUACCUUAAGGCGUGAUAAUGACCGGUUGCAAAAUACUGGUUGUCCACAAGCGACAGAAGGUUUAUCAAGUGAUAGUCGCAAACAAGUGCCUCCGCCUAUAAAGGGUGACGGAUCUGUAGAUUAUGACGCACUGUACGAGGAGGAAAGCGAACCAGAAAUGGAUUCCAUGGAAACUCAUGGCUCCGUUGUUGCACAUUUACUAUCGCAAGUGAAGAUUGGAAUGGAUUUGACUAAGGUUGCACUGCCUACUUUUAUCUUAGAACGAAGGUCACUCUUAGAGAUGUAUGCCGAUUACUUUGCUCAUCCUGAUCAGUUCAUAAAUAUAGCAGACAUGCCUACUCCAAGGGAGAGAAUGGUACAAGUUGUUCGAUGGUACUUGUGUAGUUUUCAUGCAGGACGUAAGUCCGGAGUGGCUAAGAAACCAUAUAACCCUAUAUUGGGUGAAAUGUUCCGAUGUUACUGGGACCUUGAAAAAAGCGAAAGUACAGAGGUGACACCCGACGUAACAAGUUCUGGGAUAAAGCUAACCAAGGAAGGGCCUGUGCCAUGGUGUCGAGAAAAUCAGCUUUCCUUUGUGGCUGAGCAAGUUUCUCAUCAUCCACCAGUAAGUGCUUUUUAUGCUGAACACUGUGGAAAGAGAAUAAGCUUUGGAGCGCACGUAUGGACGAAAAGCAAAUUUCUGGGACUAAGUAUAGGCGUGCAUAAUGUAGGAAAGGGCUGGGUGAAUGUAAUAGAACAUGGUGAGGAAUAUAUUCUGACUUUUCCUAAUGGUUAUGGUAGAUCCAUUCUUACCGUGCCAUGGAUAGAAUUGGGUGGAGCAGCUACGAUAACUUGUGCUCAGACAGGCUUCCAAGCUGCUGUUGAGUUUCUAACAAAACCCUUUUAUGGUGGGAAACGUAAUCGCAUAACGUGUCAAAUAACAGGGCCUGGUGAGAAAAAGCCCUUUGUUACUAUUAGUGGAGAAUGGAGUGGCAAAAUGGAAGCAAAGUGGGUUGAUGGAAGGGUAGAACCUUUCGCUGAUGUUAAGGUAAUGACAAUAAAGAAGAAAAUGGUAAAACCGAUCAGUGAACAAGAAGAUUGUGAGUCUCGUAAAGUGUGGCGUGAAGUGACAGUUGGUUUACGGAUCAAUGAUAUGGAUAAAGCAACAGCAGCAAAGUGCGCCAUUGAGCAGAAACAACGAGAUGAGGCUCGUGUCCGUAAAGGAAGUAACGUCCCAUGGCAAACAAAGCUUUUCAAAGAAACAAAGGAUGGAGAUUGGGUGUACAUUGCACCUCUAGAAGACAGAUUACGUACAACUUCCAAUUGAGUCGCCUUAACGCAGGUACCGUAAAGGCAAAGUUAUCGUAAAUAUUCAAGUGAUACGAUAAUAGUAAAAAUGGUGACUUUACAGCAUUUUAUUAAGGGUAACUUUAAAGGCGUGUGGGCAUAGUUGACGUAAAAAGCACUGUAGACAGUGCAUUCUUCUGCUUUCACAUAGACCUAUUUUUUGAGUCAGAACAUUCAGCAGACAUAUCACUAUGUUUUUCAAUAAUAUGGAUAUUAUAAAACAUGUAUUAUAGUUAUCAUGUAUAGACGAACGUGUUUAUUUGAAAUUUAUUAUUCAUGAAGAAUAACUACAAAAUUCCUUCCUACAAGUGUAGCACUGUUUGAUAUGCAAGAUUACUAAUAAUUCUUUUUUACUGUUGACAAUUGAUUCGUAGCUUAUCAUGUAUUGGAUAAAUUUAACUGGAAUGAAAACUAACGCAACAGUACUCGGUUACUUUUGGUGGAAUAGAAUUUUGAAUUGCAAUUGGACUUUAUUUAUAUAUUCACCUUUUUGUUCAUUGAUUUUUUUUUGUGCAUUCUGAUUGAAUAGAAAUGAAUAUUUUCAGACGUGAAACACUGCAUAUAAAAUAAGAUUGAUUGUAAAUAUAUUUAAUUAGAUGCAAAUAAUGAUUAACAUUAUUUCAUUCUUUAAUUUAAUUCAUACAAUUUAUAAUUACUGAGCAGUUAUUCAAUUCAAGAAAAUAGAUAUCGACAUCAAUCAAUGAAAAAAUAGGUUACAUUUCAUGUAUUAGGAUUUGUACACAUAUUCUUUGGAUUUAUGGACUUUCUAACGGACUGUAAAGCACAUAUAAGUUACAUAAUAUAUUACUUAAUGAUACUAUGAAUUAUUAGAUCUAUGGUGAUAAAGAUCUACUAUAUUUUCCAAGUAUACACAUAAACAUUUGUAUAGAAUAAAUACUUCCAUUAUGUAGAAC